AGCUACUCGAGCAAUAUCAGCACCAUCCACCAUCGACGCCGCCUCAUCCGGUUCAUUCUUGCCUGCGAACAGACUUGACGACAGCUUCGCCACCGUCUUGACACCACUCAUCCCGAGCACAAAAUCAUGUCGUCCAGGAUCGAACAGAUACUAUUCAUCGAGCCGCCGCACGAGCUCAAAUUCAAAGGUCCAUUUACUGAACCAGUUCAAACAAUAAUGUCUCUGAAAAAUCCAAGUGAUAAAAAAGUGGCUUUCAAAAUCAAAACUACUGCACCUAAGCGUUAUUGUGUCAGACCAAAUUGCGGUGAACUUGCUCCUAAAGAAAAGGCGGAAAUUUCAGUAAUAUUGCAACCAUUCGACUAUGAUGCCAAUGAAAGAAAUAAACACAAGUUUUUGGUACAGACUGUUGUUAUCGAUCCUGUUUCUGACUAUGGAGAAGAUGGCAAAACUUUUCAGUGGAGAGAUGUUGAAGAAGGUAGAAUAAUGGAUUCUAAAUUAAAAUGCUCGUUUGAAAUGCCUACAGUCGAACAGUUAUUAGAAUCUAAAAACAUUCAUGAUGAUACCACAGCUGUAUUAGAAACAAAUACUGAAACAGAACUACAAAAAGCAGCCACUGAAGUAAAAGAAUUACGUGAGGAAGAGACAAUCUUAAGACAAGAAAAUAUGAAAUUGAAAGAAGAAUUAUUGCAGCUUCAAUAUGAAAUCAAAAACCAGCAAUCUCAAAAACGUUCUGUUGGUGGUAGUCAGCAUUUGGAUAUGCAAAACAGAAAUGCCAAUAUCGCUCUGAUGGUUGGCGUGGCGAUAGUAGUUGCAUUGUUGGGUAUUAUCGCUGGAAAAUAUGUAUUUUAGUAAGAUAUUUUAAUUUUACGUUUGAAAAAGAAAAACAUUUAAAUUUGAAAAUAAAUAUAUAAUAUUAAUUUAUAAAACGAAAAGCAAAAAUUGUAUUUUUAAUUUUUAAUGCAAAUUCUUUGUGCAUAGUCCUACUGUUAAGGUCCAUAAAAAUUAUAUAUUAUAUAUAUAUAAUUAAGUUGCCAUCAAUGAUUAUAAUCCAAUGUCCUAUAAAUAUUCAUGCGCAUAUUAAUUUGGAAAAAUAUAUAAAUAAAAUCCUUUCUUUAUGCACAGAUCAAUUAGCUUAUAAGCCCAUUAUGGUGCAGGUAAUUAUUUAAAGAUUAUUUGGUUAUUGUUUUUUCUUCUGUGAAAGUUAUUUUUUUUUUAGUUUGUUUGAAUUUUUAAAACUGGUAAAUAUCUUUAACAGCUAAAUGUAUUGGAUUACUGUUAUUCUCUCUUUCUAUCUUUUUCUAAUAGACUAAUAUUGUAUACAAACAAAAUGUACUAUCUUUAUUCUAAAACAUGUGUUUUAUCUGUCAGUUCUGACUGUUUGUAUUUAAUUUUUAAUAAUAAAUUAUUGUAAUCUUGUAUGUAUUAACAUCAAGCUCUUAUUUA